AUGUUCGAUGCUUCCUUCUAUCUCUGUCUUCGUGGGGGUUAUCCAACCCAUGUCACGUCUUUCCGAAUCCCCCCACAACAAUUCAUCUGCUCGUACCCCGUUAUCCUUACUUCCUUUCCUCGAAACUUGACCUCCCAAUUUCCGCAUGUACGGUGCUGUAUCAUGAUCAAUGCAGUUCACUCACACAACCCUUUCCUCUCCUCCUACUCUCUCAUCUUACGCAAACCCUUUAUCCAUCUCCCUGUCGCUUUCACCUGCUCCGUCGAUAGUACAUCAUCGUCGUUGAGCCAUUUGGAUCCCCCUUCUUUCUUUUUUCUAUAG